GAGUAACCCUGGUCAAACUGUUGAGAUUUAAAUUUAGAGUAAUUCAAAGCAGCUUGAAACCCCGGGGCUUGAAAAUGACUCGAAAUGGGAUGAUGGUUCGGCUGGCGCAACCAAAGUUGAGAAAACGCAAUCUCCGGCGUAAUCUGGUAGAAUUUUCAGACGACAAAAAUGUCAACAGACCACAUGUGGAGUUUUGUUGAUGAAUUAAGGAGAAAACUUGAAGAUGAUGAUCGAAUUAAUAAGCUUGUCGCCACCCCAACUACCCUGAUAAACGAUGAGGCCGUGAUUUUGACCGAAUCAGCGACCAGGGAUAACACCCUUGGGAAGAUUGAAAGUAAAAUAUUAGAAAUAUGCAGAGGACUUUCCAAUGGAGAACCUCCUUCUCUCACAUAUGACAGCAGAAGUACAUGGGAUAACAUCAUGUUUGAAGACCAUACAGGGAUAGAGAUGAUAUCAGGUUCUAACUGUACUACUGUGAAGUUUGAUGCAAUUGCCUCUGUCAACAAAUUAGCAACAACACUGAAAGUGUUAUCCAUCAUCUACCGCCUGGUGCAAAGUGACACUUUUUCUACUAAAAGAGAUAUAUUUUACCAAAAUGUUGGUGCUUUUGGGAGGCAGUCAGUUGUUGAUGAAGUAGUUAACAAUAUAUCUUGUAUGCUGAAAGUGCCACGCUGGCAACUACAUGUGCUUGCGACAUCUAAAGGCUGUAUUGCUGGAAAUCUGAGGUUCACAGAGGAGGAUGGCAGCUCCACCAACUGUUCCUUGUCAUCUGUUGGAGUGAUGGUUCCAAUGCAUGUUCAGGGCCUGAAAGACAUGUACACUGAUGCAAGAUUUGUCCUGGUUGUAGAGAAGGAUGCCACUUUCCAGAAACUUAUGGAAGAAGAUAUUUGUAACAAACUAGGCCCAUGUAUUGUAAUAACGGGCAAAGGCUUCCCAGAUAUGAACACCAGACUGAUGGUGCGGAAAAUCUGGGAAAUAUUCCAUCUACCUUCAUUUGCCCUCGUGGAUGCUGACCCUCAUGGGAUGGAAAUCAUGUGCAAUUACAAGUUUGGAUCAAAGUCAUUGUCCUUUGAAGCACCAAGUCUGACAGUUCCUACCAUGCGUUGGGUUGGAGUUCUACCAUCUGAUAUUCAACAGUUACAUAUUCCUGAGGAAAGCUUGAUUAGUCUAUCAACUCUAGAUAUAAGAAAGGCACAGGAACUGCUAAGUAGACCAUUCUUUUCCUCUCAACUACAGUGGAAGAAAGAGUUACAGUUGAUGCUAGAUUCAGGCUACAAAGGAGAAAUACAAUGUUUAACGUCUCUGUCACCAAAUUAUUUGACUGAAGUGUACUUACCAAAUAAACUCAGAUAUGGAGAAUGGCUAUAAGCAGGCCUUUAGUCUGAUAAGCAGUCAUGAAACUAACUCUGAUAAAUGACAUUAGGCCUACCAUUGUGAUAGGAGUACAUGAGGCAUUAAGUGGGUGAGGCAAUUGCCUAUCCAAGUUCUUACAGAGAAAUGUCAAUGAAUUGUUUUGUAAUUAAAACCAUGAAAAUUAAAUAAAACUUGGAUACAUUUCUGUAUUGCCAUUGACUCAAUUUUUGCCUCGCCUUUUUGCCUCAGCAUUUUGAAUCACCUUUUUCUAUAUCUUGACUAAUGGCUACAUCCCUCAUCGUUAUCAUUAUCAUAACAUAAACAAACAUUAAAAUAGGCCUAACCCUUGUAAUGUGGGUUCGCAAUGAUUAUUGGCACAAUGAAUCAUGACAUAUAAUAAUCUUACUAAAAGAAUAUAUACUAGGCUAAUAUUAUGUUUUACAUGAACUUUUUCAAAGUUAAAC